AUGGAAGAUAUCCUAUCUAAUGAAAGUUUUAGUGAAAGUUCUAGUAGGAUUUCUUUAAUAGAUAUUACAACUACAACAAUUUCGCUAGAUAAUAAUCAAUUCAAAGAACCAAAAUUAAGAGGAGGAUCUCAAUGUAACCACAUAAUUGAAACUGACAGUGGCACAGGAAAUUUUAGUGAUCAUCUUCAAAAUAAGCAUAGCAUUACGAAAUUUGGAAAACGUGAAUCAGAUGUUUCUCAACUAACUAACAAUAAAAAACUUUAUCAAAUAAAAAAUAAUACCAUUUAUAAAGAGCAAGUUGAUAAAGCUUUGGUUGAAUACAUAGUUACUGAUUCACAACCGUUUUAUAUAUUAGAAAAUCCUAGAUUUAUCAAAUAUUCAUUGGCUCUUGGUCCAUCUUACAAAUUAUCUAGCAAUAAAGGAAUAAAAAGUAAAAUAUAUUUAGCUUAUGAUUGGAUGUUGGCAACUAUUCAUACACAAGCAUUAUUAAAUUAUGUAGUGUGCAAUAAUAUUAAUAAAAAUCAUGAGUAUUUACAAGCAAUACCUGAUGUUGUAACCAGGUGGGACUCUACGUAUCUGGCUUGGGUUCAAGUUCUUAAAUUAAAGCCUGCUAUUGAAAUUAUGCAAGUAAUAUUAAGCCAUAAUAAUGAUCCUACAACUAAAAAAGAUGCACGACAUUUUAAACGAAUAAUAUUAACACCAAAUGAAUGGCAAUUAAUAGAUAAUUUGGUUAAAAUUUUACAGCCUUUCGCAAAUACUACAAAAAUGCUUGGUGGAAGUAAAUAUACCACAAUGUCAUAUAUGUUUCCUGCUG